UUUUAUAUUUAUUUUUUUUCUAUUUGGUUUGAUUCUGAUGUUUUGAUUUUUGUUGUUAAGUUUUUUUUUAUUGUCAUCAUCAUUUUUUAUACGACUAGGAUGGAUAAAUUCAAUCGUAGCAUUAAAUCACCUGUAAAAAUUAUCGAUAAUAGUGCCGAUUUUAUCGAAAGACCAUACUUACCCGAUUGUUGGAAUGAUGAUAAAAGAAUGGAUGUUUUAUUUCAUCCAUUUCGAAUUCGUGAAAUUAAUCCUGAAGGCUGGGAUUUGAAAAUGAACUUUUGGAUUAAUUUGAUCAACAAAUGGUGCCUUUUCGAUCGUAAAGUUGUGUUCACAAUUGAUGAAAUUCGUCAAAAUUUUAAUCGUGAUGAAAGAUUACCACAUUUAGACUGCAUAAAGCUAGUGGUCUCACAUAUGAAACGACAAAAUAAAAUCCUAUUUAAAGACGAUAUUGUCAAUCAAAAAAAAUGUUCAGAAUCAAAUAGAACAAGUUUAUUAGCUAAUUGGGCCCUGAACUCAUUGAUCAUGAAACCAAUUACCUUUGGUUGGAAUUGGUUAUCAACAAAAGAUGAUGAUGGUCACUCCAACGAUGAUAAAAUUUUGUCUAUUCAUCAAGAUUAUCGUCUUAUCAAUGUCGAAACUAUUCAAAUCAUUUCGGAAAGCAUAGAAUCUUAUAUCAAAAACAUUGAAACUACUUGCAUGAGUUAUUCAAAAUUUAUAAAUAUGGUCAACAAAAAUGUAUUUGAUGAAAAAAAAUUGGAUGAAUUUUCUAUGAAUAUGGUGCUAAUUUAUCUUGAAUCGCAAAAUAAAAUCAAAAUAUAUGAAGAUGCAGGCUUUAAAAUUAUCAAAUUUACAAAUAAUAUCCAGACCAAAGAUGCAGAUAUAACUCUGGCCAAACUUGAAAUGGUUAAAGAAAUUUUGGAAAAAGAGGCAAGCAAUAUGGAAAAAAGAAUGAAAACGCUUAAUGAUGAAGUGCAUGUAUCCAUCACAAAUGGUAAUAAAGAAAAAGCUUUAUUAUUACUAAAACGGAAAAAACGUUUGGAAAAUCGUGUGAAAGAAAAAGAUUUACAAAUCGACAAUAUUGAAAUUUUAUGUUCACAAUUACUGGAAACUGGUUCACAUCAAUUGAUGAUAAAAACUUUCCAGAUGGCCAACGAUGUACUGAAAAAGAAUUCAGCCAAAAUAGAAGAUGUAGAAAACGUUAUGUCCCAAAUGGAUGAUAUUCUCAAUAAUCAAUCAAUGAUAAACGAAGAAUUGAAUCGACCUAUACAAGAAUCUACUCAAUUAGAGUUGGAAGCCGAACUAGAAUUGGAAGAAAUUCUAAAAGAAAUAGAUGAUGUUGAGAAAUCAGGAGAAAAAUUAACAAAUGCUAAUCGUAGCGAACAAACUAGCGAUUUGAUUGAACAAUUGAGCCAAUUAUCCGUGAUCAAUGAUGAUGAUAAAGAUUCGAUAAAAACAAAAUCAAGCAACAAAAACCCUGUAGUUUUAUUAUCUGAAUAAUUGUGAUUCUUAUUUUUGAUUUUGAAAACCAACUGUUGUUGUCUAUAUAUUGUUUUUGUUUGUGAAAACCUUUUCUUUUUUAAUUUUAAUAAGCUAAAAAUUAA